UUUCUCUUUUUGCGCGUGGUCCGAAUAAAAACCCUAAUUUGCUCAAUACCUUACUUUUCUUUCUCCCCCUUUCAACAAAUUUUCCUCUCUAUUCCGCCAUUGAAGAGAGAAAGCCCUCAACUCUGUGUUGUUAAUGGCGACAGAGCGUGAGGAGGUUCAAUAUGAAGGAGGAAGAGGUGGGAAGUUCCAGAAAAGGCCUAUUAGAAGGUCUCAUACCACGCCCUAUGAUCGGCCGCCGACUGCUCUUAGGAACUCUGCUGCUAAAGGAUGGCUUUCUAAGCUUGUCGAUCCUGCGCAGAAGCUAAUUACUUCCAGCGCCCAUAGGCUUUUUUCUACUGUCUUUCGUAAACGCCUUCCCCCUCCGCCGCCGUCAUUUUCACUUUCUCGAGAGGCUAAUGAAGAGAUGGAACAUAGGAAUCAGGAAGAAGUUGCAGCUGAUCCGUCUGGAACUCAAGAAGGGACUAAUGUCGGUUUUGUUCCAAGCAUCAAUUCUAGUAACACCCAAGGGUUGAGUGACCUUGAGAAAAUUUUGAAGGAGAAGACCUUUUCUAGAUUUGAGAUUGAUCGCUUGACUGAACUUCUGAAAUCAAGAGUUGCUGACGUUCCAAGUGGAGUUGAAUCGAGGAAAUUUGAACAGGUCCCUUCAACCCCUGUUACCAGUCAUGGAUUGCAGGAAGGAUCUCCAAAAUUUCCAACUCAGAGUCAGGAUGGAGUUAGCCCGCAUAUGGCUCCAACUCAUGUUGUGAAUGCAAAUGUCCUCGAUGAGGAUGUUGCUUCACCUGCUGAGAUUGCAAAAGCAUACAUGGGCAGCAGACCUCCAAAAGCAACUCCGUUGAGUAUGGCAGGCAAUCCUUCGAAAUCCUCUACCUUAUCUCUUGUGCCAAGGUCUCCUGGAAAUUUUGAUGUUGUUGAAAAUGGUUUUGUCACGCCGAGAUCUCGUGGUAGAUCUGCCCUAUACAGCAUGGCUCGAGUUCCAUAUUCCAGAGUUCGUGCAACCCCCAGCAUAAAGAAUAGUAUAGCCACAACAGAUGCUUACAGGGCCACAACAUCCUCAUCAUCUCAGUCAGCAUGGGAGCAAGGGGGACUUUUGGGGUCUAAACAAGGAGCUUUGAAACGCCGAAACUCAGUUUUAGAUGAUGAUAUGGGAUCUGUUGGUCCUAUCCGAAGAACUCGUCAGAAAUCCAAUCACCUAUUCCCAACAGGUUUGAGUUUACCAAGCAGUUCCACUUCUAUUCCAGCAAGUGGCAUUCGUUCGGAGACUGCUCGGCAUUUGCAGUCUACAAAAGUACAUCCAUUUUCGUCUAAUGGUGGGAAGCCACUUUAUUCAAGUGAGACACAGCGUAAUUUCUCCAAAACGUCUGCAGAGUCCAAAAAUGCUAUGACACCUAGUUCAAGUUUUCCUCGAAUUCCCCUCAGGUCAAGUGAGAUGGCAUCAAAAAUAUUAGAGCAGCUUGAUAUAUUGACCCCUCCAAAGGAAAAAUCUUCGGAACUAAAGCUGCUUAGUGUGAGGAAUAACUCACCCAUGAAGUUAUCACCAUCAAUGUUGCAUGGGCCAGCUCUUAGGAGCCUGGAAAAUGUGGAUUCAGCUAAGUAUUUGGAAAAUGUUGAAGGCAUUCAGUCUAACGAUGCCUGUGAUCCUACUUCUCAAAAGAAUGAUAAGUUCGAGGAAAGUAGUCCGUCAAAAUCUAAUGUACCCAAUGAUAAAUCUAUUUCUACCAGUGAUGGUGUAGGUUCUUCUGUUCCUACUAAGGAUAUCGGAUCUGGUUCUGGUAUGCAAGUUUCAUUUGUUGGUCCUUCCGUACAAACAAAAUGUGCCUUCCAGAUGAGUGCACAUGAGGAUUUUGUGGAUAUGGAUGAAGAAGGAUUUUCUAAUGGACCAGUAGCUGAUAAAUCGUUUGAGAUGCGAGAAAAAGUUGAUGACUCAUUAGUGUCUGUGAGUAAGCCGAAGAAUACUGAAGCCAUUACAGUAGUUAAAUCGAAGCCUUCAAUUGAGGCUAAACCAUCUGUGGUAUCUGUAAUGAACAAAAUAAAUGACCAAGGAAAAUCUGAUGUUCCCACGACUACUGAAAAGAGUCCCAUUUUUUCCUUUCCAACAACAUCUUCACCUAGCAGUACAGCCAACGUGAAGGGUCCUGAAUCAAGCUUGAGACCUGAAAAAGUUGCUUCACCCGAGUUACCAAAAGCAGCCACUGCCCCUAUUUUUGGCUUUGGAGAAAAGUCGCCUUCACGGAAGGAAACAUUGUCUCAACCCCCCACCUUUGCCUUUGGAAGCAAGGCUACCACAACGAAUGAACAAAAUGCUAUUCCUGUUGUAACUUCAGAAGCCAACACCGAACCAACUAAACAUGCUUCUACUCCUACCACCUUUAAAUUUGGAGACAAAGCUUCGUUUUCUAUUCCAGCAAAUGCCGCUACAGAAAAUGGAAAUAAGAGUGCGGGGUCUCUAUUUAAGUUCACAUCACCUUUGGUUAACGAAAAAGAAGGUGCUAAUGUUGGCGGUAGUGCUUCAGUUUUUAAAGCAGAGAAUUCUAGCAGCAGCAUACCAUCAUUUGGAGUUCCAAAAGAGUCCAUGUCAGAGAAAGCUGGUGAUAAGAGUUCAAGUCCUGGUCUUAUAUUUGGUACAUCUGGGAAUUUGUUUUCGUCAUCUGUCUCAACAUCAACACCAACUCCGAGUUUGUUUUCUUUUAGCUCCCCUAGCACUAAUUCAAAUCUCAACAACGGAUCUCUUGUUUCUAUUACUCCAUCUACGUUGCCAACUCCAGCCACCACCUUUUCUAAUAAUGUAACAAGUCAGAAUUCAUCCAUCAAACCUUCUUCCAUUGCUGCCACUAGCAACAGUGAACCUGUCACUUCUACGAGUCCUCCUAUGUCCUCUCCUAUGCCAUCCUUUUCAGCUGCACCAAUUUUUAAAUUUGGAAGCUCUAGUGUUCCAUCUACUUCUGCUUCAGCUCUAUCAGCACCAAGUGGAGUUGGAUCCGUAGAAGCCAAGACCAAGCCAGAGACAACCUUCGGCAAUUUAAGUGGCCUUCCUCCAAGUGACACAGCUGCCGUUAAAGUUGCUAGUACUGGAAGCAGUGUUUUUCAAUUUGGAGCUGCAUCUACUACUUCAGAUGCCAAUAAAGGACCAGCAAAUUCAACUUUUGCUCAAAACAACAUUCCUGCAUUUGGUGCUCCGGUUUCAUUUUCUAGUAGCGGGCUUGCAUCAUCUACUCAGAGUACACCUGCUUUGCAAUUCAGUUCAUCUACGUCAUUUGGUUUGACUGGGAAUACGGGUUUGGCAUCUGGCAGUUCUCUAUUUGGUUCUUCAGCUCCAGCAUCUAAUCCGUUCACUUCCGGUGCUACUUUUGGGCUUGCUUCCUCCAGUUCUUCUGCUAACAAUUCUGUCAGCUCCAGUGCUGGUACUAGUUCUAGCUUCUUUAACUGGCAGCCUUCCUCAACACCAUCGUUUUCUACUGGCUUCAGCUCAACUCCAAGCGGAGGAUUCUCAUUUGGUCUUUCGUCAUCAUCUUCUGCUUCUAAUAGUGCUCCUAUGGUCUUUGGAUCAUCAUCAACCGGUGCAUCGCCAGCCUCUAUGUUCUCAUUUACUUCAGCUGCAAGUGCGACGACGUCACAACCUGCUUUUGGUAAUUCUAAUAAUGCCUUCACUUUUGGUUCAACUCCUCCUGCUAAUAAUAAUGAGCAAGCAAGUAUGGAGGAUAGCAUGGCUGAAGAUACCGUCCAGACAGCAUCGCCUAUGCCUAGUUUCGGGCAACAGCCCCUCACACCACCUCCAUCGUCAGGGUUUAUGUUCGGUUCAACAGCUCCAUCUCCGCUAGGAGCAAAUCCUUUUCAAUUCGGUGGUAGCCAGCAAAAUGUACCACAGAAUCCCUCCCCAUUCCAGGCUUCUGGUAGCUUAGACUUCAAUGCCAGUGCAGGAGGGAGCUUCUCAUUAGGUGCUGGUGGCGGUGACAAAUCAAACCGAAAAUACGUGAAAGUUAAAAGCAAAUCAAGAAAGAAGUAGUAGGAAUCAAGAGAGAAGGUAUUCGGUUUUCUUUUCUUUUUCUUUUUUUCUUUGUGUUUCUAUAUCCCUGUUAUUUUUCAUCUAGGAAAAAAAAUUAUACUACCAUCUCCGUCACAUCGAUGACUGGAAAGAGGAGGGGUGGAGGGGUAGGGUAUCAUUUGUCACCUGGAUUGUUUGAUUUCGGCAUGAUACAGGGAAGCGUUAAAGCCAAGAAUUGUUGGUUUUCGAUCUUCCAGUUAAACGAACGGUUCGGUUGGCAAAAUUUUUCGUGGUUUGAUUUGUGGGAGCAUAAGUUGAGAAAUUUUGUAAUAGCUAAUUAGCCAAAUGGAAGAACAUUCUGUGUACUGUAGUUAAGAAGUAAGUGUAGUCUGUGAAUGUUUUUGAGGUAACAAUCAUCUUCUUCUAUUGUGCUAUGGACUCAGUUUUCCUGUAAUCUUUUAUUUGUAUUAUAACAACAACAAAGGAAAUAUAUGCUGUUGUCCAAGGGAGCAUCAUUUGUUGCUUUCCUCAUCA